UCAUGCAGGUAUACGCGGUCGCAACCCGGAAUUAUUGAUCCAUUUAGUCAGCGUUCCAUCGCCGGUAAACGAGGAUUAUGCAAAAGCUGAAAAUUGUGGUUGCGGGUCCGAAAAAGGGCGGUAAAACCGUUCUCGCAAAUAUUUUGGCGGAAGCGAGCGAAAACCCCAUUGGAGCUUACAGGCCGACAAAAGGAGUAAGGAUAAUAGAAUUCGAAGGCACAGCUUCUGGCUCAUCUUCCUCCGGGUUGCCAUUAAAUGUCAAGGUUGACGUGGAAAUGUGGGACUGCAGUGGCGAUGCUUCAUUUGAAAAUUGCUGGCCAGUGAUUCAAGACGGAGCAAACGGCGUUCUUUUCGUGUACCGAUCAGGAAACGCUUCCGAUGCGAAGGAAAUGGACAGUUUCUAUUCAAGUUUCGUCGCACAACGAGGGAUAAAAGAUAGAAAUUGCAUGGUUUUUGCCAACAUCUUCGACAAGGACCAAGAAACUCGGGGAAAACUCUCGUCAACGUUUUCGAGAAUCCCUCAGAUAGACGUGAAUCUCCAGCACGACGCCGACUCGGCAACCACGGAAUUCCAAAGGUUUCUCGGAUCUGUGCUCGAAGGUGUGAAGGAACGCCAAGAUAAAGCUGAAAUCAGCAUGAUCAGAAACUAAAAUUUUUUUUUAAAUGAAACUCCGAAGACAUCAGACAUCAAAAACAGCACAGGCAGUUCAGGAAUGAGACGAAAAACAAAAGAGAUGCACGUAACAACACAACACGGAGCAGAGGAAUCGAGAAUAAAGCGGAAUGUUGGAAGAUCAGCAUUCCCGUGAAUACCCAAGGAUUCCCGUUCGAAGCCCAAAUAAA